GAUGGUGGGAUAUGACCCUGACUCAGGGGGGCAGCUUCUGUCUGCCACUGAAGUAGCUACUGCUGGUUCCCUUUCUGGACUGGUCACAAGGGCAUGUAUUAGCCCUCUGGAUGUCAUAAAAAUUCGCUUCCAGCUGCAAAUCGAGCGUCUGACUGGGCAUGGUGUCCAUGGGAAGUAUAGUGGUAUUGCUCAGGCAGUGAGACUGAUUUUGAAAGAGGAAGGUUUGCCUGGAUUUUGGAAAGGUCAUGUCCCAGCACAGCUUCUCUCUGUCUGCUAUGGUGCUGUACAGUUUAUGAGUUUUGAGGUCUUGACUGAAGUUUUUCACACUUCCACCUCUCUGGACACACGAGCACCUGCAGUUCACUUCCUAUGCGGAGGUCUGGCUGCCUGUUCAGCAACUUUGACUGUACAGCCCCUGGACACACUGAGAACACGCUUCGCUGCUCAGGGGGAACCCAAGGUGUAUAAAACGCUACGCUAUGCCAUUGUCACUAUGUUCAAGACAGAAGGAUUCUUCACAUUCUAUCGGGGGCUCUGUCCUACUCUGUUAGCAGUGUUUCCAUAUGCCGGCCUUCAGUUCUCUUCCUAUAAUCUGUUAAAGAAAGUUUGGAAUGCUUCCUCACCACCAAGCCAUGAUAAAAGAGGUAACUUAAAGAACCUUCUUUGUGGUAGUGGAGCUGGAGUGAUAAGUAAAACUGUCACUUAUCCGCUAGAUCUGAUUAAAAAAAGGCUUCAGAUUGGGGGCUUUGAACAGGCGAGAGCUGCAUUCGGAGAGGUCAGAACGUACCAGGGUCUCCGAGACUGUGUAUAUCGGAUACACCUAGAAGAAGGAUUAAGGGGCUUUUUUAAAGGAUUGUCCCCAAGUUUGCUCAAAGCUGCUGUUUCAACUGGACUCACCUUCUUCUGCUAUGAGAUGUUCUGCGGCAUGUUGUGGAAUUUGAAGAAAACCAGAGAAAGUCAAAAGGUGGACAAAUGAAUCUGUAAAAAUCUUAUCUGUUACAGUGGCACUGCAAAUACAGUACCAACUACAUUCUUAUCUCUCUGUGAGAGAUUAUUUAGUC